GGGUCCAUUCUAUUUGAUAAUCUUCACGAAUUAUACUCAAAUAACACAAAUACGAGAUGUCAGAUAAUUUAAUUGUAAUUGGUCAAUACAAAUGCCACAUAGGUGUCUAUUAUGGUUUGUUGUAGGGUCUAAGUAAUAGGGAAAAUAAAGAAUAGAAGGAUACAUUUUUUCAGUAUUGCUGACAAAAAAAAUGGGAAAAUGGAUGGAGUAUUCGAAAUUUGUUUUAAUCAUUAUUUUCAUUUCUUUAUUUAUAAUUCUGUUCCGUCAUACGAGAUUAAGAACUAUUGAAAAAUUUGUAGAACCUUUCACUGAGCAAACGGCUAGCAAACGCGGUUCAUAUUUUUCUACAUAUUUAGAGGAAAUAAACAAAACAAGGUUAGUAUGUGGCCAGCUAUGUAAUACAUCACGAAAAGGAACUCCAGGAAUUUUUUUUGAGAAAAUUACAGCCACUAUAAAUUGUGAAGCUUUAUUUCUAAACGAAUAUGUUGAUUCAUCUCAUGGGCUUGCGCAUGCUCCAAGAAAAAUACCUUCAAUUUUAUUGAAAGAAUAUACGAUGAAUGGCCUAAUAAAAGUGCACACGGCCUAUUUUAACCAACCCUACCUUGGUAGUAAUGCGAGGAUACCUAUUUGGACCAAAUCUUUACUCAAGGAGUAUGUAGCGCGAGCAAAAGAAGGUAAACUGUUUGGUGUUUAUGGAAUAUCUGAAACUAACGCACUUAGGGACGGACUACAACAUGCACCAGGAGUGAAAGGAGGGCGUGUCCUAGUCAUAGGAUCUGAAAAACCAUGGGUUGAAGCAUGCUUACUUGAGAUAGGUGCAAAAAGUAUUGUUACACUUGAAUAUGGAAGGAUCAAAUCUGAACAUGAGCAAAUAACAACUAUGGUUCCAUCUGAAUAUAGACGAACAUUUUUAGAUAAUACAUUAGGAUUAUUUGACGCAGUUGUAUCAUUUAGUUCCAUAGAACAUUCUGGACUAGGAAGGUAUGGGGAUGCUCUGAAUCCGUGGGGCGAUUUAAUAGCAGUGGCUAGGGCUUGGUGUGUAACAAAAACAAAUGGAUCUCUGGUACUCGGUGUACUAUACGACAUAAAUAGAGAUUACAUUACAUUCAAUGCACACAGGUGUUAUGGUAGAAAAAGAUACCCAUAUCUGACAACAAAUUGGAUUCAACAUUAUUUGGGGACAGGGAUUCAACGUGUUCAUGUGUUUACAAAAUAGAAUUAUUCAUAAUAUUAUCUUAUAUUAAUAUGCUUGAUACCAAUAUGAUAGAAAGGAGGUACAAAGAAUUUCAUAUCUAUCAUAACUCCAUAAUAAUGAGGUACCAAGACAUCUCUUCGCAGUAAUUCAUCAAUACCGUGUGCAUCUCGUUAGACGUCGUAUAGAUUACCUUUGGGUCCUCAAUGCUCUUUAACUUCGUACUUGAUUUUGACUUUUAACUUUUUUAUUCGAUCGUCGCUGUCUUUUGAAGACAAAAUGCAAGUCUAGCGAACACAGUUAUAAGUCUGGUAUCUUUGAUGAGUUUUUAAUGGGCCAUUUCAGUUGCAGCUCGUACAAGUAUCAACCACAUUCAGAUUCACGGUGCGCUCAACACCCAUAUACAAUAGCAUAUGAAUAACCAGAUGAACUGACCUUGACCUCACUUUCACCAUUGAUUGAUUAAAAUUUUUACUAUA